AUGCCAGUUCCAUUCGAAGCGUUGAUUCCAGUUGGCCUAAUCACAGUCAUGUUCGGCGUUGUAAGCGUUGGAAUGAACAGCGUCAAGUUUGCAAGGAAUGACAUGAAGCCCACACGCUACAAUUUAGACCAAUUUGAACAAGUAAUGAUGAGGAGGGACGAGAGGUUGACUGGGAGCAAUAGAGGACAGAGUUCAAAUCCAACUGCACCUGCCGAAUUCCAAACAAACUCAGUUUGGCAGACAGAACAAGUUUUGUAA